GGAUGCGCCUUCUUAAGCUCCCCCCCCCCAUCUUAGCAGUAACGACCUGCGCAAACUGAGAGUCACACUCACCCCAUUCUGUCUCGCGGAUGGCAAGCCGCAGGAUGGGGGCGAGAUGUUCGUCCAGCCUAUCCCAUCAAGCGAGAUUCGCGAGAUCAUGGACAAGACGCAGCCCUGGCUGAACCAUUACGGAACCGAGGAGCUACCGACAAUAGAUGAUGAAAUGAUCCUAAAUGACUACGAAAGAGCGGGGAGCGUGUGGCACUCCUUCGAGACCCUCCUGUCUCUAAACCAAGACUACUGGGGUCCGGGGCUGUUCGAUGUGAUGGACUGGGAGGAAUUCCUGCCUCGCGGAGCCGCCGGCUUGUCCCGACGAGGGGACGGCUGGAACUGGCAAGUCCAGGUCCUCCUAGCCAAAUGGGAUUCGCCGAAGUCCCACAUAACGUGUUUCCUCGCGGACGCGUCGCCCCUUCGCGAGAUGGUGCUGUCCAACAGUGAGCUGUGGACGAUCCAAGGCAUCACAACCGACCGCCUGUUGCAAAAACCGUACCAGCACCACCGGACAGUCCCCGUCACCAUCCUGUCGUGCUCCGGCUGCCAGCUCCGCGUCACCCAGGGGUACGUGGACACGGCGUCGAGGCGGGUGCGCGUGCGGAUGACGCCGAUCGUCGACCUCCGGGACGGCAAGGAGAAGAUGUGGGAGGAGAUCCUGCACUUUCUCGGCUGGUUCGUGGGCGAGCCCGUCGGCGACACGCUCUACUCCGGCGCCGGCGGCGCCGAGCCUUCGCGCGUGCCGCGGCCGCGGUCCCCCGACCCGGAUUCGGCAUCCCGGCAGAUGGUCAUCUGCGCGCGUGGGGAAAGCCCGGCAGCACUAGGUCAGCCGGGCACGGCCCAGCCGGAGGGCGGGCGAUACGCCGUCGAGGCAGAUCUCCAACCUGGCCUCGGGCAUACCAAACUCGUGCCGAGUGCCCUGCUCGACCCCGCUCCUCCCGGGCUGAGACUCGCGGAGUCCGCCGUGCCCCGACGAAGAUAUAGUUUUCCAUAGCAAGGCAUGGCCUUAGAAGAGACGCAACGUCCAGACCGCUGCGAGGCGUCAUCUCGUCACAACCAUACGACCGACCUACGGCCGUGGCAUGCAGGCAAACGGAUACUCGGGUUCUUUUCGUUCGCAGGGUGUGAACGGUUCAAGUUAUCCAGGCUUGUUCCCAGCAGGUUGCGGACACUAGUGCCCGGCCUCCACUGCCCCGCACUCUCUAAAUUACGGUCGUCACGGUAGGAAAUAUGGAUAAACUAAUAUACUAUUCACCCCUUUAAA